CGUACACGCCGCGACGCCGAUAGUCGCAAUGAGGGCACAUAAACCCUCCUGUCCCUCGACCACAGGGCUGUACCUUGACCUUGAACUGCACCCGCAAAGGACCCGACUGUUUGAAUUCGAGUACCACCAGUGUAAACAUGAACGACGGCCAGAUGCGGCGCUUUGAUGCAGUGAUUUUUCCCGCGGACGAGCAGCCCCCACGCCUCAUCAGUCUCUACGUGAGCCCCCUUGCCGUACCGAUUCAAAACGCAUCGGAACCAUACCGCUGCGGUUAUGUGCCUCACCCGGAAAUGUAUUUCGAUCAUGUCGCGCCCGGCCUAGGGCCUCGUUCGUGGCGUUUCGAGCCUAUCAAGAAGUUGGACGGGAUGCUCAUUGACUUUCCCGCACCCUACCUCGCCUUCUACCCAAUAGUCUCGUCGGACGGCAUGGUGUUCCCGAUCAACAAGUGCAUGUACGAAAUUCGAGGCAAAAAAAUCCGGUCGCCAAACGUGUGGCGCGGCGACAUCGUCGUCGCAAAAUACCAUAGCGAAUAUGUGGCGUUGAUGGACGCGACUAUGGCCGACUUCCCCCUACUCAGGAACUGGUUCUCGAAGAAGCCAGGACCGGGCUUUUGAACAAUGGGGAGCAUGGUGCGUUCGCUACCGUCGUUCGUCUCAACAGUAAUGAUAUCUUCCCAAUCAAACAGUACUAUGAGAUGAUUUUCGCCGUCCGAAGC